AUGAUAGAAUGCCACGGAGGUGACUCUGGUUUUCUGGUAAACAACUCCACCGAGUACACGGCUUCUGCCGGCGCUUACUCCGGGGGCCGCCAGCAGCACACGUCCUUAGUUCCCGUCACCAUUCGGCAAAUCCAACUUGCUCAAGUCGACACCGAAGACUACUUUUUGAUAGACAUGCAGAACGUGAGCCAAGUCCGCGUGAUCGGCCAAAUACUCAGCGUCCCCUUUGCCACGUCGAAUUUAACUCAUACGUACAUCAUUGACGACGGAACCGCUAAGAUCGACGUCCGCGUGUGGCUUCACGAAGACGCCGAUGGCGUCCUUGACUACCACGCCAGCAAAAAACACGAGUGGCGAGAAGGAGUGUACGUGGUAGUCUACGGAUCCAUCAAGUUGAACGCCAACAAGAGGUCUAUUGUCGCGUCGCGUAUGAAAACCAUUACAGACUACAACGAAAUCGCUCAUCACUUCAUCCAGAUCAUCUACGUUCACCUAUACAACACCAAAAAGGCGGCCGGCACCCUCGAUGCCGGCAACGCAUCGAGCGCAGCUUCGAAGAAGGACUCCUACGAACAGUACGCGAAUCCCUACAAGAUACAGAAGCACUCAAACCGGCAGACGGAAGACGAGCAAUUGUGCGGAGAGACCGAGAAAAAAAUCAUCAGCCUGUGCAAGAACUCACCUCAACACGGCAUCAGCAUCAAGCAGCUCUGUGACGCUUGUCCGAACGUGACCCAGAAAGAGAUGGAGACCACCCUCGAUAACCUGUCGAGAGUGGGGCUAGUUUUCUCGACGAUCACCAAUCACUGGAAGGCAGAAUGA